CUGCCCUAUAAAAGGGCGGCACGGAGCCGCUGGCGCAGACCGAUCGGAGCCGGUCGCCAUCGCCCGGCAGCGCCGGAGCCUGGGAGCGCGACAUGAGCCAGAGCCAGCGCCGCGGGCCCCGCGCCGACAUGGUGCCCGAGAUCGCCGCCGCCGUGGGCUUCGUGUCCAACCUGUUGCGGACGCGGGGCUGCGUCAGCGAGCAGCAGCUGCAGGUCUUCAGCGGAGCGCUGCGGGAGGCGCUGGCAGAGCACUACAAACAUCACUGGUUUCCUGAGAAACCGUUCAAAGGCUCUGGAUAUCGCUGCAUCCGGAUCAAUCACAAAAUGGACCCCAUUAUCUGCAAGGCAGCUAGCCAGAUCGGACUCAGCCUCCCGCAGCUCUACCAGCUCCUGCCCAGCGAGCUCACGCUCUGGGUGGACCCCUACGAGGUCUCGUACCGCAUCGGGGAGGACGGCUCCAUCUGUGUCUUAUACGAAGCGACUGCGACGAAACCUGUGAGCUCCUAUGGGAUGCUGACCUGUAAGAACCAGAUGAUGUUGGGUCGCACCAGUCCUUCCAAAAACUACAUCAUGACUGUCUCCAGCUAAAUACUCCUCUUGUCCUUACACUGCCAAGACACAGGCUACUGUAUACCUCACCUGAGGAUCUAUUUUUAAGAUGAAGAGCUAUUUAUAUUUUUUAAAAAAAUCCAAGAAAACCCAGAAUUAAAAUAUUGGGCACUGCUUUGAACAGAAGCGGUGUUCUAGGUGCCUUUUUUAAAGCUGUAGCUUAUGAGUUUUUAUUAUGAAGCCGAUAUCUACCUAAUUAGUGUUGGAUGGCAAUUUUGGGCUGGCUUGCUCACUUGGGCAGCUUGGAAUGGAGAAUGAGAGGGGAGAGCCAGGCUGGGAAGUGUGGCUUGGUGGUGGGAGAUGUGCGGGUCCCCUUGCCACCCUGGUACCCAGCAGUAUUGCUGUACCCCUGGUAUUGCCAUACUGCUGGAGAAGGGAUGAGGGAGUUGCUGUCUUUAACUUCACUUCUCAGCUGGUCUGAUCUCUCUGGGGCCUGGACAUAGUGUUGGGGGAACGUCACCUCAGGGCUGGGUGAUGCUGGGGACCCUGGGAUCCCUCUCCUUUGCUCUCACAUCUCUUCUGGACCUGCUCACGCCAUGAGUGGUGCAGAUCUGCUCUGCCCCGCUCCCAGCGCGAAGCCAGGGGCAGUGUGACCUGUCUUCAGCCCCUCAGUUGUUCCUUUAUCGAUGUCCGUGGAGUGGAGCAAGGCGGAGGUGCUCGGGGGGACAUCGCCGGGAUGAAUAUUGCAGCUGCUGUGGCGCACUGGAGUGCGGUUUGUUGCUGGUGCACUCCAGACCCCAAAACCAGCACCGAGCGGCUGGGGCUGAUGAAGCCUUUCUGCUGAGUGUGGCUCAGACACCAGCCCACGUCCUGCAGCUCGUGUCCCGCUCCUGCGUGGCCCCUGUGCCCCAGAAGUCUGACCUCCUGCAAAAGUUGCCUCAUCCCGUGCUGACGACUCGCCCCGUCGCUUCUCCAGAAGAGAUGAAGCAACUUCUCCUGUGCAGCGGAGGUGGUUGCGUGAGAGCCCCCUUUGCCCUGCCUCUGAAAAUCAGAAAUACCGGGGGUGUCCUCCCCUGUGCGGGAUGCUCAUGUGCUUUGGUGUCCUAACGUUGCUUUUCAACUCCCAGCACUUCUUCCCUGUUCCCCCCGGUGAUGAGCGUGUGGCUGUUUCUGGGAGGGUACCCGCUGAUACCUUGCGAAGGGGCAUCGGUUGUGCUGAUCUCUCGGUACAUAAGUUGCACAAUUAAUGCCUGGUCCUGUGCUUUGCCUCUUCAGGUAAAACUCCUCUUGUAGCCCUGAUGGUACUUGUGUCUGUGGGGACUCUGCCCCAGUGCUUUUCAGGAUUUGGCCCUUAAACUGCUCUGGCAGCUACAAAUAGGGUGGGAGCUGAAAGAGCUGCCCUGAGAACUUUACCUGCCUGCUGGGAAUGAGCCUUUACCAGGAUGUUUUAUGUCCAUUGCCUUUUUAUUCACCAGCGGGUGUUCCUCCAGUGAUCCUAAGAGAAGUGAUUGGUGAAGCAGGACAUUGACAGUGGUGUUGUAAUGAAACUUGCCCAGGUUUGUCCCUCAGCGUGCUCCCCCCAACCUUCCUCUUUCCCGACCGGGCGGCUGUCUGGCAUAACCAGAGUUGUUCUUGCCCAGCCUUUGAGUCAAGUUCUCAGACAUUUGUGCAAUAUAUUUCCAAAUCUUGGGUGCUCUGAGAGAGGAAGGAAGCCUCCCAUCUGCCACAGUUCUUAGCUUGUUUCUUCAAAAUGUCUAUAUAUAUAUAAAAAAGCACAGCUUCCCAACUCUGACUACUAAUGUGGAAAAGUUCAGAUUUUUCUUUUUAAGCUUCAAAUCAUGAAUCCAGAACUGGAAAACCAGCCUCAGUUCUCAGAUCCCUUAAAGAUGUCAAGUGUCGAGUUAUUUGUCCUUGAGCGGUAACAGGCUGUGCCUCCCAGGCUGCGUCACUUCCCUCUGAACGCCUGCUCUCAGCAAAGCAGCAGCGGAACGGAAGCGCUGGGGCUUUUCCCUGGGUGAACUUGUGCAAUAGGUGACCUCACCAAGCGGGGGGGCUUGGGAGCUUCCCAAAGCAGAUUCCCUUUUCCAGGAAAAGGGAUCUUGGUGCUUUUUGGAGCCUUCACUUAAGCUGCUUGCGCGGAAAGCCCAUGAUGAGAACUGCACCCGGGCCGGGCAGCCCCGGCUCUGCCGUGUGGAGCUUCCUGAAGGCUGGUACUUCCCCAUCAAAGCAGUCUGAAGAUCCUCCUCCCUGCUCUGCUCUCUUCCCUCCCUCUUAUCAGAAAAGUUGUUCAGGAACAACAGCCCACACCAAAGGAAUCACUAAAUUGCUUUUAACAUGCCCCCACUUCCAGACCUGAAAUAACCGAGUCUCAUUCUUUCUAUCCCUGGUGUGGAGGAGUCUGAUGUUAAAGGUCUGUUUUUAGCUUCAAAACCAACCAAACUUGGGUAUAAUCCAUUUCUCUCUUGUAGCUGGUUACAUGUAAAGCUGUGAAUAGUGUGCUCUGUUGCCUUCUGCCUCCAAGCCUGAAGCUCGACUGCAGAGCCGCAUGGUGUGUGUUUUAAGACAGUGUAUUUGAGGUUUCUUGUCAUUUUUUCAACAAGCUGGACUGUUGAACGGGACCUGCUUUUUGUAUUUGGUGAAAAUGGUAGAAAGUUUGUAAGCUACACUUGGAGGAGGGAGUGGAUGGUUACUAAUUGUAUAGUAGUUUUUAUAUACAGAAUGUACAGAUCCUUUGUCAGACGUAUGCUUUUGUUACUUUAAUAAAAAUGUAGCAGUACAAA